AAAAAUGGAUCAAACUUUGACAGUGUAAAUAGCAAAGCUUCACUUACUGGAAAGAAAAAUAUAUAAACAAGGACUAUGGACUGUUGCUCUCUGCGUUACUUGUCAGGCCAACCAUUGGCUAAAAUCUGAACUGCCCUAUUCAUCCAAUACAUUAUAUUUAUCCCUCUGCAGGGAUGUUUGAGUGCAAAUAAUGACCAGCUGGUGUGAGGUCCUCACCAUGGACUUCUACAAGGUAGCAUUUCUGCUGGGAGCCUUCAUCUGUACUGGGCUGCGAGCUGACCAGCCUCACAACGCCACAGGAUCUCUGUGUGAAAUGUCUAAAGUUGACAUUGUGAUGCUAGUGGAGGGUUCUUGGAGUAUUUCCACCAUAGGCUUUCAAAAAAUAAAAUCAUUUAUAUCCCAGGUAGUUCAGAACCUCCCCAUUGGUCCCGACCAAGUGCAAAUAGGUUUGACUCAGUACAGUAACUACAGAAAAACUGAGUGGGACCUGAACAGGUACGAUAACAAGCAGAUGAUGCUGCAGGCCAUUAACUCAAUGCGACAAACUCCAGGAGGCACAUUAACGGGAGAAGCUCUGGACCAUGUCCGUUAUCACAGCUUUCAGCCCAGGGCAGGGAUGCGUCCAGACGCAAAAAAGAAAGUUGUUCUGAUCACUGAUGGAGUUUCUUUUGAUGAAGUAGGAAUCCCUGCACAGAAUCUGAAAGACAGGGGGAUUGAGAUCUAUGCUAUAGGUGUGGGCCCAGAUGUUUACAAAGAGGAUGGCAUUAAUCAACUGAGGACCAUUGCUUCUGAAAAUCAUUUAUACUUUUUUUUCACCCAUCAACUCCUCCUUGACGCUGCCCUCAGUAUCUCCAGCGACCUCUGUCCCGCUGCUACCAAUCUGGAACAACAAGGAUCUCAGUGUGAAACGUCCAAAGAUGACAUCGUGAUCUUACUGGACGGCUCUGAUAGUAUUACCAGCACAUGCUUUCAAAAAAUGAAAUCAUUCAUAUCCCAGAUAAUUCAGGACCGUCCCAUUGGUCCCAGCAAAGUGCAAAUAGGUUUGACUCAGUACGGUCUCAAUGCAAAAACUGAGUGGGACCUGAACAGUUACAAUAAGAAGCAGUCCCUACUGGAGGCCGUUAACAUAGUGCAACAUUUGCAGAGUAUUGCACGCACAGGAAAAGCUCUGGAUCACGUCCUUGAACACAACUUUCAGCCCAGUGCAGGGAUGCGUCCAGACGCAAAACAGAAAGUUGUUCUGAUCACUGAUGGAUUAUCUGUUGAUCAAGUAGGAAUCCCUGCACAGAAUCUGAAAGACAGGGGAAUCGAGAUCUAUGCUAUUGGUGUGAGCCAAGAUAUUCACAAGUCACAUUUCAUUAACCAACUGAGGACCAUUGCUUCUGAAGAUACUGAAAAUCAUUUAUAUCUUUUUUCAAAUUACCAAUCCUUCCAUAAUGCUGCCAUCAAUAUAUCCAGAAACCUCUGUCAUGAUGCUACCAACCUGGAAAAACAAGGGCUGCAAACUGAUCAAACCAACUCAACAGACAAUAUAGCCCCAUUGAAGGGCUACUCCAAAACAGAAGGGACGAUGGUGCUUUCAGAGAAUAGAAACCGGUAUGCAGUAAAGUCUGUGACUGAGUGUGCUGCCAAAUGUGACUCUGAAAUGUCUUUCACUUGCAAAUCUUUUGYSUAUCUGGAGCAGAACCAGGAAUGUUGGACAUGGGCAUCAAACUCAAAAACUGGACCUGUUGUGCAGAACUGGAACUCAGUUUUAUAUGAAAAAAACAAAUAUCUCCUGGAGUGUGUUAAUGAAAAAGGAGCAGAUUACAGAGGAACAGUGAACAGGACAAAAUCAGGAAAACUGUGUCAGAGAUGGGAUGCCAUGUUUCCUCACAAGGCAAUGUUCACACCACAGGAACAUCCCCUUGCAGACUUGGAGUCCAACUUCUGCAGAAAUCCUUUUGGGAUUCUCAGGAGCCCGUGGUGUUACACCACUGACCYAGAAACCGUCUGGGAGCUCUGUGACAUACCCAACUGCACCGAGGAGUGUAUGCACUGCAGAGGAGAAGAUUACAAAGGAAAAAUCUCUGUAACGGAAAAUGGUUUCACCUGUCAGCGCUGGGACUCUCAAAUCCCUCACAAUCAUGGCUUUUUCCCCACAGUUUUUCCUGAAAAGUUUCUGGAGGAGAACUACUGCAGAAACCCAAAUGCAGAUUCACGACCCUGGUGCUACACCUCCAGCCCAUCUAGACGAUGGGAUUAUUGCUCUAUUCCUCGUUGCACAUCAGAGCCUCCAUCUAUAAUACCAGAGCUGAGCUGCAUUACUGGUAAUGGUGAAUCCUACCGCGGUCUCAUUGCUGUGACUACAUCUGGUAAAAAAUGCCAGAGGUGGGCGUCUCAAACGCCUCACAGGCAUGAUUAUACGCCAGAAAGCUACCCCUGCAGCCACUUGGCUUAUAACUUCUGUCGUAAUCCCGGGAAAGACCAGAGACCCUGGUGUUACACUACUGACCCUGAAACUCGCUGGGAGUAUUGCAAUGUGUCUCGCUGUGCAAACACCUCGAAUUCCCCUGAACCAGAAGCAACAUUCAAUGAUACCAAGGUGAAGGGCUACUCUAAAACUGAAGGAGCGAUGGUUGUCUCGGUAAAAGGAGGAAAGUAUUCAGUUAAAACUGUAACUGAGUGUGCUGCCAAGUGCAACAAUGAAACAUCAUUCUUAUGCAAGUCUUUUGCAUAUGUGGAAAAGGAUCAUGAGUGUUGGACAACAGCAUCAAAUUCAAAAACAGGGACUGUUGUCCACAGAGUCAGCUCAAUUCUGUAUGAAAGAAAAGAUUUUCUUUUGGAGUGUGUGAAAGAAAGUGGGACACAUUACAGAGGAAAACAAGCAAAAACAAAAUCAGGAAAACUGUGUCAGAGAUGGGAAGCAGACACCCCUCACAAUCCCAUGUUCAAACCAGAGAACUAUCCCCUCGCAGACUUGGAUUCAAACUUCUGCAGAAAUCCAGAUUCGAAAAGCCAAGGAYCCUGGUGUUACACCACUGAUCCAGAUACCGUCUGGGAGCACUGCGAUAUACCCAGCUGUACUGAGGACUGUAUGCAACCUGGAGUUGAUGUCUACAAAGGAAAAACCUCCAUUACUGAAAAUGGUUUUAUCUGCCAGCGCUGGGACUCCUUGGAGCCUCACAGUCAUGGUUAUACACCUAAAGUUUUUCCAAACAAGUUUCUUGAGGAGAACUACUGUAGAAAUCCAAAUGGAGAUUCCCGACCUUGGUGUUACACCACAAGUCCAUCCAAAAGAUGGGAUUAUUGCUCCAUACCUCCCUGCAAGUCGAACCCUGAGCAGGUCUGUAUCACUGGCCGUGGUGAGGCGUACCGCGGCGUAGUUGGCGUAACGGCGAGUGGUAAAACAUGCCAGGAGUGGGCAGCUCAAACGCCACAUUACCAUCCAAGCAUUGUGCCAGAGCAGUUUCCAGACGCCGGUUUAGAUAAAAACUAUUGUCGCAACCCUGAUGGUAAACAGAAACCCUGGUGUUUCACCACUGACUACAAAACACCCUGGGAGUACUGCAGCUUGCCAAACUGCAAUGACAUCCUUGCUUCAGGGGAGUGUAUGCACUGCAACGCUGAGGACCACAGAGGAACCGUUUCCUGGACUCACAGACCCCUCACCAACACAGCGCACAUGGAGUGUAAGACUUCACCUGAACGUUUUCAUAUUUUUGAAUUACUCUGGAUGAGAACUACUGCAGGAAUCCCAGUCAUGAUCCCCUAACGUGGUGCUACACCACAGAUCCAGCCAUGAGAUGGGAUUAUUGUGUCAUCCCCCGCUGCUGCAAGCCGCUCUGUUUCAGUUGAUACUUUCACUUGUGCUUGUAAUUUCAUGCUACCUAAACUAAGUGAUGUAAAAAAAAAAAAUGUUACAACAGAUAGAAAUCAGAUUGAAAAAACAUUUUCAUUAAUUCAGUCUAGAAAUUUUAGAACAAAUUUUACACAUUAAACCAACAUUGUUAAACAAUGUUUAAGUUGCUCUAUGUAUAACUGCCUAAUCUCUGCCCAGACACAUAAAGAAAGCUUUGGCUCACUGUGAGCUGACUUGCCACAAAGUCAAGUUAGAACGACGUCUGCAAAGUUCAGGGGAUGAAUGAGGCCGUUUUGACUGAAAGGAGAAGCUGUAGAUAUAGCCAACUCAAUUUAGAAGAAAUCUGUUGUGCACCAUCAAGCUAAAUAUUAUUAAAGACAAUCUGAAUUUAUGCAUUUGUUUUCCAACAGUGAACUUUGCCAACUUUCUUCUUAUUUUAGCAUCAGCGCCUCCUGCCAUCAUUCCUGAGCUGAACUGUAUAACUGGUAAUGGUAAAAACUACCGAGGCACAAUUUCUGUGACUGAGAAUGGUAAUAAAGGCAAAAGGUGGUCAGAAACUCCCCAUACACCUGGAAAAUACCCCUGCAGGUAGGAGACACAACCUACUAUGAUUAAACAGUUAGUUGUUAUUAUGACAGAAAAUAAUAUUAUUCUUUAUAAUAGAAAGAAAUUCAACUGAUGAAUAUAAAGUUUAUUUUAUAUGCGUUAGUGGCAUUAUUUACACAUAAUAUUUGGUAACAAAAGUUGCUUUUUAAAAAUCUUUUUCAGUGAUUUAGACAACAAUUAUUGUCGUAAUGUGUUGGGAAAGGAAAGCCAACCAUGGUGUUACAUCAAUAGCAAAAAGUGGGAGCUCUGCAACGUGCAACGAUGUUAUUUCUACUCUUCUGGAGGUACAGCAAAUACAAAAUAUGUCUAAGUUAUGUAUGUAAUUAUAGGUGCUUAGAUUGAAGUUAACUGGUCUUCAUUUUGGUUUUCUGAAGAUAUUUAAUCUCUAAUCAGAAAGGUUUGUUCAUUUGUAAACAAUGGUUGGAGGUAUCAGGCUAAUGAAGUCAUGCUAACAGGAGUGUUGUCAACAAUUGGGCCAUAAAGAACACAAGCUGUUGCUCAUUUUCUUAGAGACAUUUUCUCAGUUUAACAACUGUUCAUUAAAACGGCAAGAAUAGUUUCAAAAAAUGAAUGUGGUUUGAAAAAGUCUUGUACAAUUGACAACAAACAAUCAGAUUUCUGAUAUGUGAUGAAGCUUUGUUAUUACAGGCUUUUUGAGUUUGAAGGACAAUUUGGUUUUGUGAUUUGUUGCAACCAGUUUGGCCUCCGAAAGCAAACAUUUCAGUACAGUAAAUGUUUAGCUACGAUUAACUACAGAAAUCAAU